GUUGUGCUCCCAGAUAGUGAAGGUUAAUGGGGGGGGGGUCCAAAGGUACACUUCUCUUGGAGCUUUCUCUGCCCACUCUGGGAGCUAGCCUGGAGUUGGACUGGUCCUCUUCAACCCCUAAUCUCUUUUGGACCCCACCCCAGUUGCCCUCCCUUCACUGAGCACACAUACAGCCUCAUCAUCUUUGCCUGACCUCAUAAUCACUCAGAACACUGGUCCCCACCCAUGAUCCUGCUGGUUAACCUUAAGGUUAAAGUUAACAUCAAGGGCCUCCACUAGGCAGCCCACCUCUGCCCCUGACCAGUCUAUGGGAUCCAUCUCCAUUCUGACAUUCCAUUCCUCAUCCCCUGCCAGUGUCCAGCAGACUUACAUUCUAUAUGACUUCUUAGCCCCUCUCGGGAGGCAGAAGAUCAGGCUGAAGACCAUGUUCAUUUGCAUCAAGCAUGGAGACAACCAACAAUUUCUGGCCAACAUCAACUGCUCAGUUUUGCUGCUGUUGCAUUAUAUUCGAAACAAAGUGGGGAUGCACAAUUCAGAACUCAUUGACCUUUGUGAUGAGGCUGGGACUCUGAAGCUACUGUUUCUGGUGAAGUUUCUUGGGGAAUCAGCCACCAAGUUCCUCCAAGCCAGAAACAUUUACUACAUUUGCAAGGUGGAACGUGGACCACCAGGGACUAGAAGUGAAAAUGCUUACAGGGCUUUUGUGCCCUUGCUGAAGGAGCCAGAGCAAGAGUUACUGGAUGCCCUUAAAUCACAGUGUGACCAUCUGGAAAAGAGUCGAAUAAAGAUGCUCCGUGGUCAGGACACUAAGAAAAUCAUUUCUAUAGACUCUUACCUGCACAAGCGCAGACGGACCAAAAAUAUAAGACGAGUACGAACACCAGAGACAGUGGAAGAAGAGACAGUCAGUCGAAGAGGGGUUUCUUCACUUUCCAAGAGUAAACCUGAAACCAUUGGCAAGAGAGAUAAACGCCGAUAAGUUAGUCAAUAAAGGGUGGAGUAGCAGCAGUGAUACCUGAGCAGGCUUUCCUGGCUGGCUCAGUACUGGCCGGGGGAGUCGAUGGU